AUGGGAAAGAAAGCUGCUGAGGCCCACAAAGAGAUAUGUGAAGUUUAUGGUGUUGAUUGCAUAACAGAUCGCACGUGUCAGAAUUGGUUUAAAAAAUUCCGUUCUGGAGAUUUUUCACUCAAAGAUGACCAACGUUCUGGUCGACCUACUGAAGUUGAUGAUGACCAAAUCAAAGCCAUAAUUGAAGAGGAUCGUCACAUAACUGUUCGAGAGAUUGCAGAGGGGUUAAAUGUAUCGCAUACAACAAUUGAAAAUCACUUAAAAUGUCUUGGAUUCGCUAAGAAGCUCGAUAUUUGGGUUCCGCAUAUAUUGAAAGAGAUUCACUUAACACAACGAAUCAAUAUUUGCGAUAUUCAUCUCAAGCGCAAUGAAGCCGAUCCUUUUUUGAAACGUAUCAUCACUGGUGAUGAAAAAUGGGUCAUGUACAGUAACAUUAUUCGAAAACGAUCAUGGUCCAAGCGUGAUGAACCAGCACAAUCCACAUCUAAAGCUGAAUUGCAUCAAAAAAAGGUCAUGUUGUCAAUUUGGUGGGACUACAAAGGUGUUGUGUAUUUUGAGUUGCUUCCAAGAAACCAGACGAUCAAUUCAGAUGUUUACUGUCAACAACUAUUGAAACUGGAUGAAGCAAUAAAAGAAAAACGGCCAGAAUUGGCAAAUCGCAAAGGAAUUGUGUUCCACCAUGAUAAUGCAAGGCCUCACACAUCUUUAGUAACUCGUGGGAAUUGGAGCUUGGUUGGGAAGUGA